AUGAGCUGUAGCAGUGUGGCGGGGUCAGACUUCUCCGAGGAGGAGCUGGAACUCGGCAUGCUUGGCCAGGGUGAUGAUGAGGAAAGCGAUAGUGGUCCCAAGGAGCCUUUCCGAGACAGUGAGGGCUCAGCCAGUAGCCCAAGCCAACCGGAGGAAGGCCAGGCCAAGAAGCGCAGUCGGCCCAUCCGCUCAAAAGCUCGGCGAGUUGCUGCCAACGUCCGUGAAAGAAAACGCAUUAUGGACUACAACCAGGCCUUCAACGCCCUGCGUGUGGCACUCAACCACGAUCUCAGUGGCAAGCGGCUGUCAAAGAUCGCCACUCUGCAAAGGGCCAUCAAUCGCAUCUCUGCUCUCUCAGUAUUCCUAAGCUCCAACCCUCCCAGUAAGCCCUGCGCCCACCGGGAGUGCAACAGGUCCACCAUGGGCCCCACUGGAAUGGCAGCAUCGAGACUUGAGCAUACCAGGGUGACCGUUCCUCGUCUGGAGCCCCAAAGUUAUGUCCCCUGGCACACACCAAUUUCUCACCAAAUACCCCAACAAGGCUCGCACGUCCACAGGCUGUCCACGGAGCCACUGGUCUAUAUGGAUAGCAUUGGUUCCUCAUGCCCGCCAUCACCACACUACCCUUGUUACCCCGCUGAGGGGCAGCUCUAUAACUCACAUGGACAUUGCGGUGGAGGCAGCAGCCCCCCCGACCAUCCACCAAGCCCUCUCAGGUACCCUCAGAUCGGAGAGGGGUUGGGAUACCAAUGGGGCCCCUGUUCGCAAGGCUACAUGGACACUUUCAUCGAACCCUCUCCAGCUUUGGGGCUACCCUGGCAGAUGAGCUAUCUCCAGGAGCCAGGGCCUCAGCACAGCCUCUCCCUGCUUUGA